CCUUCGUUUCUCCGGCCACCUUUUCCUCUCACGCUCUCUCUUUAAUCAUAUAAAGGAGUCCAUUUGAAACCUUAACUCUAUAGCUUUUUCCAGUAAAUUAAACCUAAAAAGCUUUAUAUUUUCUACACUACUCAAGCAUGCAGGUAGCACAGAAAUCCGGAAUCGGAAUGGACAGCGGGAUGGCCAUCAACGGCGACGCAGCAGAAGCGGUGAAGCUGGACAGCCCAUACGAGACGGUGAGACAGCUGGCGGCUUGCAACGCGGUUGUGGUGUUCAGCAUGAGCGGGUGUUGCAUGUGCACUGUGGCCAAGCGCCUCCUCUUCGGCCUCGGCGUCGGCCCCGUCAUCAUCGAGCUCGACGAGCACGCCGCCGGACCGGACAUACAGGCCGUCCUCUACGAGCUCUGCCCCGACGGCCAGAAGCCCGUCCCCGCUGUCUUCGUCGGCGGCAAGUUCUUGGGCGGCGUCGAAACCCUCAUGGCAUGCCACAUCAAUGGCUCCCUCGUGCCUCUCCUCAAGGACGCCGGCGCUCUCUGGCUCUGACUUCAUAUUUCCCUGACAUUGAUGACCGGAAUAUGCUUAUCAUGACUCAUCUAACUGUCCUUUUCAUUUUUUUUUUUCUUACUAUAUGCUAUGUUUGUCUUUCG